CAGUGGCAGUGGCACACAGAGAGGUAGGUGCCACGGGCGGCCUGCGUUCCUCCCCGUCGCUCCUGGCUUUUGGCUGGCCCUCUCUCCAUCACUGCCCCUCUUGUGUUCUAUACAUAGCAAAGUACUACUAUUAUGCAGAGUCCAACCACGCCUCGAAAUAUAACCCCCCGCCACACCGUACGAGACGAGGGCAGAUAUGGAAGCUGAUGCUGCUGCUGCCAGUGGCGGCCUGGCCCUGCUGCCCGCCGUGCUGCUCCUCGUGGCGCUCUCCACCCUCGUCUUCUCCACAUGGAGCAACCGCAACAGCAGGCUGCCCCCGAGCCCGAUGGCCCUCCCGCUGAUCGGACACCUGCACCUCAUCCGCCCGCCGCCGCACAGGGCCUUCGACCGCAUCCUGGCACGCUACGGGCCGCUCGUCUACCUCCGCCUCGGGCCCUCCACGCACUGCGUCGUCGCGGGCACCGCGGACGCCGCGCGGGACCUCCUCAAGCACGAGGCCAGCAUCCCGGAGCGGCCGCUCACGGCCGUCACGCGCCACCUCGCCUACGACGACGCCGGCUUCGCCUUCGCGCCCUACGGCCCGCACUGGCGCUUCAUGAAGCGCCUCUGCAUGUCGGAGCUGCUGGGCCCGCGGACCGUGGACCAGCUGCGCCCCGUGCGGGAGGCCGAGCUGGCGGCCGUGCUGGAGGCGGCGCGCCAGGCGGCCGCCGCUCGGGAGCCCAUCGACGUCAGCCGCCACCUCAUCAGCAUGUCCAACAACGCCAUCAUGCGCAUGGUGGCCAGCGCGCUGCCGGGCCACAUGACGGAGGCGGCCAGGGACUGCGCCAAGCACGUCGCCGAGCUCGUGGGGGCCUUCAACGUCGAGGACUACGUCGGCCUCUGCCGCGGCUGGGACCUGCAGGGGCUCACGCGGAGGACGCGCGAGGUGCGUGACAAGUUCGACGCGCUGCUGGAGAUCAUGAUCACGGGCAAGGAGGAGAGUCGCCGUCGUCGCCACGCCACCACCGACACCGGCGGCGGCACCAAGGACCUGCUGGACAUCCUCAUGGACGCGGCGGAGGACGCCAACGCCGAGGUCAGGCUCACCAGGGAGAACAUCAAGGCGUUCGUCCUCGACAUCUUCACGGCCGGCUCCGACACCACCGCCACCAGCGUGGAGUGGAUGCUGGCGCUGCUCAUCAACCACCCGGCCUGCAUGGACAAGCUGCGCGCGGAGCUGGACGCCGUGGUGGGCGCGUCGCGCCUGGUCGGGGAGCAGGACGUCCCGCGCCUUCCCUACCUGCAGGCCGUCUUCAAGGAGACGCUGCGGCUGCAGCCCCCCGCGGUGUUCGCUCAGCGGGAGACCAUCGAGCCGGUCCACGUCCGCGGCUACGUCAUCCCGCCCAAGACCUCCGUCUUCUUCAACAUCUUCUCCAUCGGCCGCGACCCGGGCUGCUGGGAGGACCCGCUCCAGUUCCGGCCCGAGCGCUUCAUGCCCGGCGGCGCCGGCGCCGGCGUGGACCCCAAGGGGCAGCACAUGCAGCUCAUGCCGUUUGGAAGCGGCCGCCGCGCCUGCCCCGGCAUGGGCCUAGCCAUGCAGGCCGUGCCGGCCUUCCUCGCCGCGCUGGUGCAGUGCUUCCACUGGGAGGUGCCCAUCCCGCCGGGCCAAUCCACUGCGCCGCCCUUGGACAUGGAGGAGGCAGCGGGGCUCGUCACCGCCCGGAAGAACCAUCUCCUCCUCAUCCCCACACCGCGCCUCAAUCCGCUACCGGCAAGAGCGGCUACGUAGUUAGUACCUGCGAAUCCAGUCUCAGUUCAUCGGUCCAUCCAAAUUCAGACGUGUCCUCCAUUAUUGCAAGCCGCGCACUAAGAUCAUAUUUCUGUUUGUUUAUAUUUCUCGGUCACACAUACGUUUGCAAUCACCUUCAGGAAAAGUGACCUUUGUACCCGUUCGAUGUUGGUACAUCCAGAUCCGUGUGCUCAGGAAUUACGUAUUACUACUAUAUAUAUACUGGUCCGUUUGAGUCCUAUCA